AUGCAAGCAAAUCCUUGGAUUGAAUCCGCUUCUGUAUCGGCACCCACGCUAGAGUUUGCCUCUCUCUGUCUCCGCAAUGCUCUUCUCCUUCUGCCCCAUGUUCCUUCUCUCAAUAAACUAGCUGAUCAAGCAUUUUCUCAGUAUAAAGAUUCAUUAGGCCGGCUCGCAAAUGAUCUUUCCGGUUCGACUGUCGGACCCGAGCUUGUAAAUGACCGAAUUCAUGCAAAGAUCCAGGCAAGUAUGCGGCUCGGUGUCAAUUCUGAAUCGUCUUUGAUCGAUGGAUUAUCGGCCUCUCUGUCACGUCUACUACUUGAUGAGGUUGGUUGUCGAUGGAGGGAGACACAAAAUUGUACCGAUUCUAUUCAUUCAUCUCAGACUCCUGCCUUGAUCUGCGUCUCUCUUAGAGCAGCCCUUAUUAGCUGGGCAAGCGAGCAGGUAAUUGGUCCUUCUUUAUAG